GCACUGCUGCGCGGCGCUCGCCCUGCUCAUGCCUUAGGAAUGUUGCGAAGUAUGCGCAAGUUUCCAGCAGUAGCUCCCCUUUCUUGCUGGAGGAGAGAGGCGCGCAUAUAUCAUCCGGUGGCAGCAGUCCACCUUCCCUGCCGUUUCGUAACCGCUUACGAGAGUAAAUUGCGAGUUGGGAACAGCCCUCUCUUAAGGAGCAGAUUGGGGAGAGGUUCGUCCCACUCGGAGAAGGCAAGUCUUCCCUGGCGCACCCCUCACGUCGGGAGCUACAGCAAGCAGGCGUCUCCUCCGCUCUCGGUCAUUGCCACUGCUUCUGCUCCUCCUCCUGCGCUCCGGCUACUUGCACAAGGUGCUCCGGAGCUCCUCUCUCUCCUCCUCCCUUCCUCCUUUCUCCAGGUCCUACCGCUGGGGCUGCAGGCGCCGCCGCAGGAGCUGGCCCCACCACCGACCUCGCUACCAGGCAGCGGCCACUAAAAGAUCCAUUCAUGUUGUUGUGAUCCCAAAGGGCAGAAAUGAAGAUCAGGCUGUCUUCAGCAAUUGUUGCGCUAUGCGCAGCUCUCCUCCUGUAUUCGAUAGAGGCGGAAGUUAAUCCACCAUCAGACUUGAAUUUUGCAAUUAUAGAUGAACAUACUGUUCGAAUGUCAUGGACAAGACCACCUGAUGCAAUAGAGGGGUACAGGAUAACAGUGGUCCCUACAACCGAUGGACCUACUAAAGAAUUUACUCUUGCACCUAGUGUUACCCAAACUAUAUUAUCAGAUCUUAUACCUGAUAUAGAAUAUGUUGUGACAAUAAAUUCAUAUGAUGACAGAGAAGAGAGUUUACCUGUCUUUGGCCAACUUACAAUUCAGACGGGUGUUCCACUGAGUCCAGAGGACAAGAGGCCAGACCAGAUUCAGAUACAAAAGUGCUCCGUCAAUGCACUGACAGACUUAGUUUUUCUUGUGGAUGGCUCUUGGAGUGUGGGGAGAAGUAACUUCAGAUAUAUUUUGGACUUCAUGGGCACUCUCAUAUCGGCUUUUGACAUUGGGGAAGAAAAGACACGAAUUGGAGUUGUUCAGUACAGUACUGAUACAAGAACUGAGUUCAACUUAAAUCAGUAUUUCAGAAUGAAUGAUCUUCUUGAUGCAAUUAAAAGAAUACCCUACAAAGGUGGCAAUACAAUGACAGGUGAAGCUAUUGAUUAUCUGAUUAGGAAUGCAUUCACUGAGUCUGCUGGAGCAAGAAAAGGCAUUCCUAAAGUAGCAAUUAUCAUUACGGAUGGAAAAUCUCAAGAUGAAGUUGAAAUUCCUGCAAGAGAGCUUCGCAACCUAGGAAUUGAAGUCUUCUCUUUGGGAAUCAAAGCUGCAGAUGCAAAAGAACUGAAACUAAUGGCAUCUCAGCCAUCCUUGAAGCAUGUUUUUAAUGUGGCAAAUUUUGAUGGAAUAGUGGAUGUACAGAAUGAAAUAAUUUCACAAGUGUGCUCAGGUGUUGAUGAACAGCUGGGUGAAUUGGUUAGUGGAGAAGAAGUUGUGGAGCCUCCUUCAAAUCUAGUGGCCACCCAAAUCUCAUCAAAAUCUGUUAGAGUCACUUGGGAUCCAUCUGCUAGCCCAAUAACUGGCUACAGGGUGCAACUCUUUCCAAUGAUAUCAGGUGCCAAACAGCAUGUGCUGAUGGUUGGCCCCCAAACUACUGCUUUAAAUGUAAGAGAUCUUUCUCCAGAAACAGAGUACCAGAUUAAUGUGUAUGCAAUGAAAGGAAUGACAGCCAGUGAGCCCGUUACAAUAAUGGAAAAAACACAGCCAAUUAAAGUUCAAGUGGAAUGCUCCCGUGGUGUGGAUGUAAAAGCUGAUAUUGUGCUUUUAGUGGAUGGCUCCUACAGCAUUGGUAUCGCCAAUUUUGUUAAAGUAAGAGCCUUUUUGGAAGUGUUAGUUAAAAGCUUUGAGAUUUCACCUCAAAAAGUACAAAUAAGUCUUGUCCAGUACAGCAGGGAUCCCUAUACGGAGUUUUAUUUGAACAGAUACAACAAAAUUGAAGAUAUAAUUCAGGCUAUUAACACCUUCCCCUACAGAGGUGGAUCUACAAACACAGGCAAAGCGAUGACCUAUGUGAGGGAGAAAGUAUUUGUUACCAGCAGAGGAUCAAGACCAAAUGUACCAAGGGUCAUGAUUCUUAUUACUGAUGGAAAAUCAUCAGAUGCCUUUAAAGAACCAGCCAUAAAAUUGAGGGAAUCAGAUGUAGAGAUAUUUGCAGUUGGUGUUAAGGAUGCAGUACGUACAGAACUGGAAGCAAUUGCUUCACCGCCUGCAGAAACCCAUGUGUACACAGUAGAAGAUUUUGAUGCUUUCCAAAGAAUUACCUUUGAACUUACACAGUCUGUCUGCCUACGAAUUGAGCAGGAGCUGGAUGCUAUAAGGAAGAAAUCUUAUUUACCUGCCCGUGAUUUGUCUUUUUCGGAGAAAACGUCUGACAGUUUCAAAGUGAAUUGGUCUCCAGCUUCAUCUCAGGUGUUGUCCUAUCUUAUUAAAUAUAAAGUAGCUGCUGGUGGAGAAGAAUUCCUUGUUUCAGUACCAGCUUCAAGUACUAGCUCAGAUCUCACCCAUUUACUCCCUGAAACUACUUAUGCAGUCAGUGUGAUUGCAGAGUAUGAAGAUGGCGAGGGUCCUUCCUUGGAUGGGGAAGAAACAACUUUAGAAGUUACAGGGGCUCCUCGAAACUUAAUGAUAUCAGAUGAAACUACUGAUAGUUUUAAGGUUGGCUGGACGCCAGCUCCUGGAAAUGUUCUUAGGUAUAGAAUUGCAUACAGGCCAGUAACUGGAAGAGAGAGAAAACAAGUAACUGUCCGAGCAAAUGAAAGAUCAACUACACUACUGAACUUGACUCCUGAUACAAGAUAUGAAGUUUACGUUAUUCCUGAAUAUCAGUCUGGGCCUGGAAAUUCAUUGAAUGGAUAUGCAAAAACUGAAGAAGUCCGAGGAAGUCCAAGAAAUUUGAGAGUUUCUGAUGCUACAACAUCUACAAUGAAGUUAUUGUGGAGUGCAGCACCUGGCAAAGUACAGCGGUACCUUAUAACAUAUACUCCAGUGGCAGGUGAAACCAAGGAGGUUACCAUAAGGGGUGAUACUACCACCACAGUACUGAGAGAUUUACAGCCAGGCACCCGAUAUGAUCUAUCUGUAACUGCCUUGUAUGCAUCUGGAGCAGGGGAUGCCCUUCCUGGGCAAGGAGACACACUUGAAGUCCGAGGAAGUCCAAGAAAUUUGAGAGUUUCUGAUGCUACAACAUCUACAAUGAAGUUAUCUUGGAGUGCAGCACCUGGCAAAGUGCAACGCUAUCGUAUAACAUAUACUCCCGUGGCUGGAGGUGAAACCCAGGAGGUGACCACCAGGGAUGAUACUACCACUACAGUGCUGAGAGAUUUACAACCAGGCACCCAAUAUGAUCUAUCUGUGACUGCUUUAUAUGCCUCUGGGCCAGGGGAUGCCCUUCCUGGGCAAGGAGAAACACUUGAAGUCCGAGGAAGUCCAAGAAAUUUGAGAGUUUCUGAUGCUACAACAUCUACAAUGAAGUUAUCUUGGAGUGCAGCACCUGGCAAAGUGCAACGCUAUCGUAUAACAUAUACUCCCGUGGCUGGAGGUGAAACCCAGGAAGUGACCAUAAGGGGUGAUAUCACCACUACAGUGCUGAGAGAUUUAGAACAAGGCACCCAAUAUGAUCUAUCCGUGACUGCCUUGUAUGCAUCUGGAGCAGGGGAUGCCCUUCCUGGGCAAGGAGAAACACUUGAAGACCGUGGCUCACCUCGUGAUUUGGUUAUUAGAGACAUCACUGACACUACAAUGAGACUAUCAUGGACACCAGCACCAGGAGCAGUUCGUCGUUAUAGAAUAGUAUGGAGAUCGCUUUAUGAUGGUCAGACUGGGGAGGACACAGUUCCUGGGAAUGCAAUAAAUACCAUGCUGGAAAAUUUAGAGCCAGAGACUAAAUAUAAGAUUUCAGUCUUUGCUUCCUAUAGCAGUGGAGAUGGAGCGCCUCUAGAAGGAGAGGCUACUACUGAACUGUCACCGAGUGCCAGGAUGGUGAGAGUAGAUGAGGAGAAGGAAAAUUCAAUGAGAGUCACAUGGCAGCCUGCACCUGGGAAAGUUGUGAACUAUCGUAUAGUGUACCGACCAGUGAGUGGAGGAAGGCAGAUGAUUGCAAAAGUACCACCUACUACCACAACUACAGUAUUAAAGCGACUUCAGCCUCUAACCAAAUACAACAUCACUGUUAUUCCAACGUAUAAAUCAGGAGAAGGAAAACACAGGCAAGGAGAAGGAACAACAGCCUCUCCAUAUAAACCACCCAGAAAUCUGAAAACUUCUGAUUCCACUAUGUCAAGCUUCAGAGUAACUUGGGAGCCAGCCCCUGGGGAAGUGAAAGGUUACAAAAUAACUUUCCAUCCAACGGGAGAAGAUAGACUCGGAGAACUAGUAGUUGGACCAUAUGACAAUACAGUUGUAUUGGAGGAGCUUAGGGCAGGCACUACCUACAAGGUAAAUGUUUUUGGAAUGUUUGAAGGAGGGGAGAGUGCACCAUUGGUUGGCCAAGAAAUGACCACUCUUUUAGAUGCUCCUGAGACGCCAUUUUUAUCCAGAGGCUUGGAGUGUAUUACCAGAGCAGAAGCUGACAUUGUGUUGCUGGUGGAUGGCUCAUGGAGUAUCGGGAGGCCAAAUUUUAAAACAGUCAGGAACUUCAUUGCUCGUAUUGUUGAAGUCUUUGAUAUAGGUCCUGACAAAGUGCAGAUUGCUCUUGCCCAGUAUAGUGGAGAUCCCAGAACAGAAUGGCACCUAAACACUCAUAGGUCCAAACAGAGUUUACUAGAUGCUGUGGCCAACUUACCAUAUAAAGGAGGCAAUACUUUAACAGGAAUGGCCUUGAGUCACAUCCUAAAAGACAAUUUCAAACCGGCAGUUGGAUUGAGGGCUAAAUCUCGCAAAAUCGGUGUUCUCAUCACUGAUGGCAAAUCACAAGAUGAUAUAGUGGUUCCUUCAAAGAGACUCAGGGAUGAGGACGUGGAACUUUAUGCAAUUGGUAUUAAAAAUGCGGAUGAAAAUGAGUUGAAGCAAAUUGCUACAGAUCCAGAUGAUACCCAUGUUUACAACGUUGCCGAUUUCUCCUUCCUUGUUAAUAUUGUUGGUGACUUAACGGUUAAUCUGUGUAAUAGUGUCAAAGGCCCAGCUGGGUUGUCAUCUCCCUCCAAUCUGGUGACUUCUGAGGUGACACCUCGUUCUUUCAGAGUGACAUGGACUGCAUCUCCAGAGAGCGUGGAUAGAUACAGGAUUGAAUAUUACCCUGCUUCUGGAGGCCCAUCCCAGCAGUUUUAUGUAAAUCGAGCGGAAACUACUACAGUUCUGAAAAACCUGAAACCUGAAACAGAAUAUGUUGUUAAAGUGUUCUCUGUGGUAGAAGAUGAAAGCAGCGAACCUCUAAGUGGCAUAGAAACAACGUUGCCAAUCACUGCAAUCAGAAGCCUGAAUGCUUAUGACAUAGGAUCAACUUCUAUGAGAGUCAGAUGGGAACCCGUCAAUGGAGCUAGUGGUUACCGGUUAUUGUAUGAACCUCUCAAUGCUACAAUACCAGCUGUAGAAAAAGAGAUGCGUGUUGGGUCAUCAGUGAAUGAUGUGCAGCUGGUAGACCUCAUCCCCAAUACCGCAUACGCUCUAACGAUUCAUGCAGAGUUUGGCGAUCUCAGCAGCGACCCUCUCACCACACAGGAAGUAACAUUACCUUUAGCUGGAGCCAAAAGCUUAAGGGUUAGAGACAUUACUCAUAGCAGCAUGAAUGUCAUUUGGGAUACGGCCCCCGGAAAAGUCCGCAAAUAUAUAUUGAGAUACAAAACAACUUUGGGAGACGAACCAAAAGAGGUGGAAGUUGAUAAAUCAAAAACAAGCACAGUUCUUUCUAGUCUUCUCUCACAAACUCUGUAUGAUUUGCAACUUGUUGCUGUAUAUGACGAAGGUGAAUCUGCACCAGUGGGUGUUCAAGAGAGCACCUUACCUGUACCAGCACCAGUCAAUCUCAGACUCACAGAAGUAACAAAGCAAAGUUUCAGAGGCACUUGGGAUCAUGGUGCUCCAGAUGUGGCUCUGUAUAGAAUCACCUGGGGACCAUAUGGUGGAACAGAAAAGAUGGAGACCAUCCUGAAUGGUGAUGAAAAUACUCUGGUUUUUGAAAAUCUGAACCCAGACACAUUAUAUGAUGUCUCUGUUACUGCCAUCUAUCCUGAUGAAUCUGAAAGUAAUGAACUGAUUGGCAGAGAACGGACAUUACCGGAAAUAAUUACAACAACACCAGCACCGAAGAGUGGCCCACGAAACCUUCAGGUAUACAAUGCGACUUCCAAUAGCCUGACUGUAAAGUGGGAUCCAGCCAUUGGCCGAGUGCAGAGAUACAGGAUCACUUACCAGCCCACAACUGGGGAUGGCGUUGAACAAUCGAUGCAGGUAGGUGGGAGGCAGAACAGUAUAGUGCUACAGAAGCUGCAGCCAGACACGCCAUACACUAUUACUGUAUCGUCUAUGUAUGCGGAUGGAGAAGGAGGACGAAUGACAGGCAGGGGCAAGACCAAACCACUCAACACAGUAAAGAACCUCAGGGUGUAUGACCCAACCACCAGCACACUCAGUGUAAGAUGGGAUCAUGCUGAAGGAAGUCCUCGCCAGUAUAAAGUAUAUUAUGUGCCAACAACAGGUGGAGCAGAAGAAAUGACAACAGUACCAGGAAACACAAAUUAUAUCAUCCUGAGAUCUCUCCAGCCUGACACACCUUAUAGGGUAACUGUGGUUCCAGCUUACCCGGAAGGGGAUGGUGGACGAGUAUCUGACAUUGGGAGAACUUUGGUGAGAGGAACGGCAAGAAACAUGCAAGUUUACAACCCUACACCGAACACCCUAAAUGUCCGAUGGGAACCUGCACCCGGCCCAGUACAACAGUAUCGAGUAGUCUACGCUCCACUGGUUGGCCCACGGCCAUCAGAAUCUAUUAUAGUUCCAGCGAAUACUCGCGAUGUUGUGCUGGAGCGCCUGAUUCCCGACACGCCUUACUCUGUGAAUGUUGUUGCUCUGUAUGCUGAUGGAGAGGGAAAUUCAAGCCCUGGACAGGGGAGAACAACACCUCGUAGUGGGCCAAGGAACUUGAAGGUGUUUGAUCCAACAACAAACAGCCUUUCUGUACAAUGGGACCAUGCUGAUGGGCCAGUUCAGCAAUACAGAAUCAUUUAUUCACCUACCGUUGGUGACCCCAUAGAUGAAUAUACAACAGUACCUGGAAGAAGAAAUAAUGUGAUAUUACAACCACUGCAACCCAACACACCAUAUAAAAUUACUGUUGUGGCUGUGUAUGAUGAUGGAGAUGGUGGACAACUAACAGGAAAUGGACAAACUGUUGGGUUGCUUCCUCCUCAAAACAUACAUAUUUCAGAUGAGUGGUAUACACGAUUCAGAGUUUCCUGGGAUCCUUCACCAUCCCCUGUUCUUGGGUACAAAAUUGUGUAUAAACCUGUAGGUUCUAAUGAGCCAAUGGAGGUGUUUGUUGGGGAAGUGACUUCAUACAUAUUGCACAACCUGUCUCCUAGUACUGUCUAUGAUGUGAAUGUUUAUGCCCAAUAUGAUUCUGGACUCAGCGCACCCUUGAUUGAUCAAGGAGCUACAUUAUAUUUGAAUGUCACAGAUCUGACAAGUUACAAGGUGGGCUGGGAUACCUUCUGUAUCCGAUGGUCUCCUCACCGGUCAGCAAGCUCCUACAGAUUAAAGCUAAAUCCAGCUGAUGGAUCCCGAGGACAAGAAAUUACAGUACGUGGGACAGAAACCAGCCACUGUUUCACUGGCCUUUCACCAGACACAGAGUACAAUGCUACUGUCUUUGUUCAGACCCCUAACCUUGAGGGACCUCCCGUCUCUAUAAAGGAGCGCACAUUCAUCAAACCAACUGAAGCACCAACUCCACCACCUACUCCUCCUCCGCCUCCCACAAUCCCGCCAGCUCGGGAUGUAUGCAAAGGUGCCAAAGCAGAUAUCGUGUUCCUGACUGAUGCUUCCUGGAGCAUUGGUGAUGAUAAUUUCAACAAAGUAGUGAAAUUUGUUUUUAAUACUGUUGGAGCCUUUGACUUAAUCAACCCUGCUGGAAUUCAGGUUUCCUUUGUGCAGUACAGCGAUGAAGCAAAGUCUGAGUUUAAACUGAAUACGUAUGACGACAAGGCUCAGGCUCUAGGGGCACUUCAGCAUAUUCAGUACAGAGGAGGAAAUACAAGAACAGGCAAAGCCCUUACAUUUAUCAAAGAAAAAGUUUUGACUUGGGAGAGUGGCAUGAGGAGAGGUGUGCCCAAAGUACUCGUCGUUGUCACAGAUGGUCGGUCACAAGAUGAAGUUAAGAAAGCAGCAGCAAUCAUACAGCACUCUGGUUUCAGCGUCUUUGUUAUUGGCGUAGCUGACGUGGAUUACAAUGAGCUGGCAAAGAUUGGCAGCAAGCCCAGUGAACGUCACGUGUUUAUUGUCGAUGAUUUUGAUGCCUUUGAAAAGAUAGAGGAGAACCUCCUCACUUUUAUUUGUGAGACAGCUACCUCAACUUGUCCUCUCAUUUACUUGGAGGGAUAUACUUCACCUGGUUUCAAGAUGUUGGAAUCAUAUAACCUAACAGAAAAGCAUUUCGCCUCUGUACAAGGAGUAUCAAUGGAAUCAGGAUCAUUCCCUAGCCAUGUGGCAUACAGGCUCCACAGAAAUGCCUUCAUCAGUCAGCCUACGUCUGAGCUUCAUCCAGAUGGACUGCCACGGGCUUACACUAUUAUACUGCUGUUCCGCCUUCUUUCAGAAACCCCCACUGAGCCAUUUGCAGUUUGGCAGAUUACAGACAGAGAUUUAAAACCGCAAGUUGGAGUAAUUCUUGACCCUUCCACCAAAUUACUGUCAUUCUUUAACAAGGAUACAAGGGGAGAAGUUCAGACAGUAACUUUUGAUGAUAAUGAAGUAAAGAAACUCUUUUAUGGAAGCUUCCACAAGGUUCAUAUUGUUGUAACCCCAACAAGUGUUAAGAUUUACGUUGAUUGUAGUGAAGUAAUAGAGAAACCAAUUAAGGAGGCUGGAAAUAUCACAACUGAUGGUUAUGAAGUACUUGGAAAACUGUUGAAAGGUGAUCGGAAAUCAGCAACGUUUGAAAUCCAGAGUUUUGACAUGGUAUGCAAUGCUGUUUGGACUAGCCGUGAUAAAUGCUGUGACCUUCCUUCAAUGAGGGAUGAAGCAAAAUGCCCAGCUCUCCCAAAUGCAUGUACAUGUACACAAGACAGCGUGGGACCCCCGGGACCUCCUGGACCUUCUGGUGGUCCAGGCACUAAAGGGCCUAGAGGUGAAAGAGGUUUGACUGGACCUUCCGGGCCACCUGGUCUUCCGGGUGAUGCAGGUCCACCGGGUCCUCAGGGUCCACCAGGCCCACAAGGGAUCAAUGGACUUUCAAUUCCAGGAGAACCAGGUCGCCAAGGAAUGAAAGGUGAUGCUGGAGAACCAGGGCUACCAGGGCGAUCAGGAACCCCAGGUUUGCCUGGCCCACCUGGCCCAGUGGGACCACCAGGUGACAGGGGUUUCACGGGAAAAGAUGGUGCCACAGGACCCAGAGGCCCACCUGGAUCAGCGGGUGCCCCAGGAGUUCCAGGAGUAGCAGGUCCAAGUGGAAAACCAGGGAAACCAGGAGAUCGUGGGCCACAAGGUCCACCUGGAAUUAAAGGAGAAAAAGGUGACAGAGGAGAUAUUGCUUCUCAGAACAUGAUGCGAGCAGUUGCAAGACAAGUCUGUGAACAACUGAUAAAUGGCCAAAUGAACCGGUUCAAUCACAUGCUGAAUCAAAUCCCGAAUGAUUACUAUGCAAAUCGCAAUCAACCAGGACCUGCAGGACCACCAGGGCCACCAGGGAGCGCUGGGGCAAGAGGAGAACCUGGACCUGGAGGAAGACCUGGAUUCCCAGGGACUCCUGGUAUGCAGGGACCAUCUGGGGAAAGAGGACUGCCAGGAGAGAAAGGUGAAAGAGGUAUUGGAUCACAAGGACCACGAGGUUUGCCUGGACCACCUGGUCCACCAGGAGAAUCUCGAACUGGCCCACCAGGUUCUACAGGUUCACGAGGGCCACCUGGGCCACCAGGUCGUCCUGGAAAUGGGGGUAUUCGAGGUCCACCUGGCCCACCUGGAUAUUGUGAUUCAUCCCAGUGUGCUAGCAUCGCUUACAAUGGUCAAGGAUUCCCAGAGUCAUACGUACCUGAAAGUGGACCCUAUCAACCUGAAAGUGAGCCCUACAUAGUACCAAUGGAGUCAGAAAGGAGAGAGGACGAAUAUGAGGACUAUGAAGUUGAAAUGCAUUCACCAGAUUACCUUGAACAAAUGCGCUGGAAAAGAUCAUUACCAAGAAAAGCAAAAACAAAACCAUAAAAAAAAUCUGUCUUGUUUUAUGUUUUUGGUUGUUUGUUUUUGUUUGUGCUAUGCUUGCAUAUGCAGAUACAGAUGGAGUGGGUGUAGCUUAUACUCUCCAAUGCUCCCAUCUGGUAUUUUCAAAUCAGAAAUGCACUCACAUCUUGUACAAGUAUCAUGCUUAUGUGCAAAUAGCAACAUGUGUAACUAUAGAUUGCGUUCUUGCUCUGAAAUGCUUGUAAAAUACUUUUGCUUAAAGUGGCUGCUUAGAACUUUGUGUGCAUUCAGUUAUCACAAUGCUGCAUUUUCUUUACACAAAAAAAUACCAAAAACAAAACAAAACACCAAAAACCAGAGCUGCUGCAAUUUUUCAAAGAGCUGUCUGCUUUAGCUCUACAGUUUUCCUCCUUUUUAAUGCCUGUCUGCAGUUAAGUUACAUCAUAAGUCUAUAUUGUCUAGCAAAAACCAAAUCAAUUCCUUGUACAUCAUUGUCAAUUUCUUCUAUCCUUAGUUAUACCUUACAGGGCAUAUAUUGCUCUUAUACAUCUCUUUUAACAACCACAAGCCUUAAGUAAUGUAGCUGAAAUCAUUGUAUCAACUGGAUAUACUUUCAUAGUGCUUUAAAUUUCUUUGUAGACACAUUAACAUUUAUGCCAAAUUGCAGUCAAUCCUGCAGAGAUGAAAUUGCAUGUUUGUGUUGUAUAUUUAGUAUGGAUUUUUUUCAGAAUAUAAUGUUUCUUAGUUAUCAAAAGCAGUUGGAAAUUGUUUGCAAGACUAUGGAUAUAGAAUUGCUGCUUUUAUAUUUUAACUGCAAAUUGUGAAUUUCACUGCCUUAUAUUAUUUAUUUCUGAAACAAAAGAGGCAUUUUUCAAUAAAACUACUGAAAAUUUACUUU